AUGGCUUCCUGGGCUUCGCUGCUCGGGUCCACAUUGAACGUCAUGGAAACGGUGUGCAAGGUGGACUCGAUCAGCAGCGAGGUGGGCCAGAUCAGCAAUACGCUGAGAGGCUAUCUUGAGCAUGGCAUUGCCUCGGGUCGCAAGGUGCAGCCGCCGAGGACCAAGUCGGGACGCGACCUGCUGGCACAGGUGCUCGCUCACCUCGACUUGGUGUCCGCCCAGCUGAAUGAGAUCCGGGACCACGCUUCGGUUCACACUUGGAACUCACCCUCGCCCCCGACGGUUCAAAGACUCGACACUUCUCUGCCAUCAGAAGCUGGCGCCAUCUCACAGCAGACUCGGACCCAGCCGCCCCCUGCCCCACAGCGCGCCGAGGUCGAAUAUCAAAAGCCCCAGAUUGAGAGUAGCGCCAGCAACGACUGCACAACACUCCCGGCGUCACAGGCGGAGCCUAACCCAGCGCUCACACCACCUAUCAGUACUGCCCCCUCGGCCAUCCAGGAUUGCUCCGUCCCAUACCAGACUUCCCACGGGAUCACAUUGCGGGAUGGUUCUGUAUACCACCGCCCUAUCCCGUCCGAGCACGCUUCGCCCCUCUUCGACUGCACCUACCAAGACAUCCAUGUAUUGAACGAGGAACUCUUUGAGCUGUACUCGAGCCACCCCCGCGUCCGGGAUUUGGGUUACUUCAAGCUCCAGGUCCGCGGCCUGCCCGAGCUCAACGCCCCUAAGGUGGCUCGCCCAAGCAAGGAUCAUGCGACGUCGUUCACUUACAAGACCGACCGCCUGGGUCUCGUGAAGGUUGACUCGGGUAAGAAAUUCAAGUUCAAGCCGCCCACUCUUCCCUUUCCCAUGAGCGCCAAGAUAGACUGGUCGCUGGCAGAGCAACGCGACCUCUGGAAUUCCUCAGCAGCAGACCCCCCCAAAGGAAACCGGGAAUAUAUCAUCGGCAAUCCGCUGUUUGAUGACGUCGAGCUUUCCCCAGGGGAUAAAUUGCGACGGAGAGGCCGAGCUAAGCUUGAAGGCAUCAACACCCAGUACGUCUACUUCAACCUGACGGGCAAGACCAUCACGACAAUGCACAGGGAGGACGCUCAUGUGCGAUCCGAAAACCUCCUCCGCUCUGGUGAGCACAAAUUCUGGUGUUUCGUCAAGCCCGCCUUUUCCAAGAAGCUGGAAAAGAGGAUGGCGAUGGAGUACCACGAGAUGCGUCAAUGCUCGCAGGCCGUGAGACACCUUAGCCGCAACAUCCCCCCGGCGAAGCUAGAUGAGUGGGGAAUCGAGUACACGUUGGAUUACUGCACGCCCGGCCAAGCUAUCGUGACGGAGCCGGGGACGUACCAUCAGGUCCUGAAUCUUGGUCCCAACUACGCCAUUGCCAUUAACGUGGAAUAUAACUCGUCACCUGACAUGCCUCCGGACUAUCAGUUCUGUGAUGAUCGCUGCCCCGACAAGAAUGCCAUCAAGGCUGACGAUAUUCGUAUAUACGAUGAGUCGCCGCAGCCGAUUGAGGACCAGCUACCCCGUACCCCGGAGACGACAGGGUCACAGCAGGGUGAUGCCACAGUUGCCAUCCAGCAGGACGCAGUUGCCCGAAUGCAGCCUGCGCCCACGGCCUCGCAGCCUACGCAACCGGUGACCCCCCCUCCUGAGCAAGCUGGCCUGGAUAGCAAACAACCAGGGGAACCCCAACCGCAUAUACCACAGCAUCCAUGUGCACAAUCUUCAAUCCUUAGUCCAGAGCACAGCGUGCCCUCUACGUCCGAUCCAUCUGAGCAGCCGGACCGGCCACCACGGGAACUCACCAGCGCCGAAGUGCUGGCGCCUCUCGAAACACACUUCACAUCACUUCGGCCUCCAACGCUGCAGCCAUCUCCAAGCCAGGUCGAGCCAGGUGCGGCUGCCCCGAUUCACCCACCUGUACCUCCUAUGCAGGCACCAAACUUUGUUCCAAAUGCCUUCGCCUAUUCAGCACAGAUCCUUCCUCAGGCCGCCCCAUCCACCCAGAGGGACAUUGGUUCUAGUUUCGCUCGGUCGAGGGUGAUGGAGUUGCCUCCGCUACGGAAGACGGCAAGGAUGAUCAACCCGGACAGAGACUACGAACCAUCGUCUCCAAGGCCUCUGAAGAAGCAAAGGGUGGAGUAUUCGCCUGCUCUCACUGCCCCAGACUCACCCGUCAGGAGCGCCUUUAAGCACCUUUCUAUAUUGCUUAGGGGGCGCCAAACCGCUCGACCCGUAAGCCUGGUUGCCGAGAUGCUGUGCGGUAAGCCAGCAUUUGAUCGGCUCGCGCACUUGGUCCGAGAUUGGAGGCGGUACUCCAAGUCAGCUCCCAGUGUAAUGGGAAAGUUUCAGCUCGCCAAUACGAUUGAAGAAACGGCGCGCGGAUACCCGGAACUGCACAUGUUCCUUUCGCGCUUCUUCAAGAUGAAGGUGGCCAUGUGCCUGGAAAUUUCCAUGGCUCGACGUGUGGAACUCACUCCAGAGCACUAUAUGGACGGACUUUUGCAGCUACUGAAAUGGGACGAAACAAAACGGCCCAAGCUUUACGACGACUUACGCGAAGGGAAGUGCUGGGCCAAAAUUUGCGGAGAUUACGACGGCCUUCUAUGUCUCAUUCCGCCCGAGUCUGAUUGUCUGGACCUCGCUCUAUUUAGGGACGAGGUGGCACGACUCCACGUGGAGCUCGACAACGACUUCGUGCGGAGGCUGUGCGCCGUUGGGGCCAUUCUGCAGAGAUCGAUAUGGGACUGUCUGGAGCUCCCGGAGUUCAUCUGGGAGAGUAUGAUCACAACCUUGCUCCCCGUGGACCGCGUCGCCCCUCUCCUUGCGCCCUUCCGGCUCCUCAGGUCAAACUACUAUGACCCAAACAGCGGGUAUUACUGGCCCAGGCCCGCAGGCUGGGACUGGCAGUGGCCUGCGGAUCCCAGCAUGGUUAAGCCAGGCGACAAGGCAUGCAGCUUCUGCUCACGCAAGAAGUGCCGCUGCGCCGAGAUAAAGGUCCCGCAGAUUCCUCGCAUAUCGGACGACGGAUCCCGAGGGCCUGGCGUCCGUUCGGUUGGGCUGCACAGAACAAAUGACAUCUUGGGUGAGCUGGUCGGCGAGCUGGUGCCGUUGGGCUCCUGCGCCGCGGACUGGACGAUGGCGCUGCACCGCCCCGAUUUGGACGACGAGCCCGUGGCGGACAUCUAUCCCCGCCGGAUGGGCAAUUGGGUGCGCAAGGUCAGCCACAACACCAACCCGUCAGCUAUGUUCAGGGUCAUCAAGAUCUCCGGGCGAUGGAGGCAGAUGCUGGUGGCGAUACGGGACAUUGGGGAUGGUGAAGAGAUCACGGCGAAGUAUGGAAAGGGGUAUCUGAAGGAGCAGCCUUAUUCUGUCGUUGAAGGGCUGCAUUGA